AUGAGCGGCGGCUCAACCCUCCAACACAUCGACGCUGUCGGUGCACUUGCUCGAAAUCUUUACCUCCGCGCCAAACAGUCAGGACUUCCAUUUUCUGCUGUCGCUGAUGCCGUUCGCAACCUUCAUCGAGCCCUACGAUAUCUGAGUAUAGAAGCUGCCGACCAGGACUCACUUUUGAACAACAGCCCAUCAACAUCGGUUUACACUCGAAAACUCUACCCCCUCGUCGAAGACUGCGAUUUCACACUUACUGAACUCGAGACACUUCUGAACAGUUAUGGAGAUGGUCGCGCUAUCAUGGCUGAAGACGAACGUGCGCGCGACAAAAAGCUGCUCACCAUGAAGCAAAAACUUGACAAUGACGAGUACAGCGUUGACAUGUUUUUGAGAGCCGUACAGCUGCAUGACAAGAACAGACCCACUAGAGUUGUCGAAGGCCAAGAGGGCCUCGAAAGAAUCAAGGAUGUGGUUGACGAAAUCGCCACUAAACUGUUCCGAGAUCGCAACGAAGGUAGCUUUACCGAAGAUGAAGAUGGGUUGUGGCGCGAAUUUAAGAUUGAGCUCGAGGACCGAGGAUUUUCUCCCCAAGUGCUACGCAAACACAAGGAUGUUCUACGAGCAUACAUUCGCGAGCUCGAGUCUGUUCAGAAUCAGAAUGGUGGGAACUACCCUACCGUUCGAGGUCUUCUAGAGCAAGAAGCCCGAUCUCAGCCCUCUUCGCCAACACGAGACGAGAAUAGCCCUUACGACAAGUAUCCGCCGGUUAUCGUUACUGGUGGCAGACGAAGAUCAAAUAACGACUCUCAUAGGGACGCUAUGUCAUCAUCACCCAAGGACGGUGACAGUGAAUCCGACUACUCCAUGGCACUUGUCUCAACCCAGGACCUCCUUGCUAUGGAUAAACUCAACUCUCGAAUGGAAAGUUUGAAUAUCCAGCCCAACGACCAGUACAAUCUGGCCCCUGGACCGAGGCAUCUUCCUCCGAACAGUCUGUCAGCGGCUCCAGAAAUGUCCAGUUCCCCCACUGCUCAUCACUAUGGAGCAUCGCCACGCUCCAUGCCUCCUAUGCCUCAUCAUUUGAACAGUGGUCCGCCCUCCUAUGGCAGCAGCCCGCGGAGUAGUGCUUCUAAACUAGCUCCAGAUCGAUGGGGCAAUGAGAUUCCACCUGAUGCGCAGUGGACCAGAAUCAAGCGAGAGCGCGUCAGCCCCGAAGUACUUGAAAGGGCUGGUGUGCGUUAUGAAGCCCGUCCUGAUUUUGUUGCUGUCCUGGGCAUCUUGACUCGAGAACAGAUCGAAGAGUAUGCUCGUCAAAGUGCAGCAUGCCGGGCUGCGCGCUCAAGACGUGGCCCGCCACCUCGCAGGCAUGGUCACUAUUCCGAGCGAAGAGACUCAAAGAGCAGCCGGGACGAUGACGACGAUGAUAGCGGAGUCUUUGAAGAAAGCGAUGUCACAGAUGAUGAAGAUGACAAGUCCUCAGAGAAAGGGACGAAGAGCUAUCCGAUCAUCGUCAACCCCCCUUUGAAGAGCAAGACAUCACCGUCGAGCACUUCGCUCCCAAAACCAAUUCUAAAGAACAAAAACGAGAACCACGUCCACUUCGAUCCAGAGCCUUACGAGGUAGAAAACCGAGGUUCUCGUUCUUAUAGAGACGACCGAUACCGUGAUCGCGACCAUCGUGAUGAUCAUCGCGACCGUCGACGACUGAGCCCUCCUAGGUCGUCCCGACGUUCACGAAGAUAUUCUGAUAGUGGAGAUCGUCACUCGCGCAGUGACAGACAUGGUGAUUACUACUACGAUGGUGGCAAGCGCUAUCACCGCGAGAGAGAUCGUGAUCAUGAUCGCGAUAGAGACAGAGAUAGAGACCGCGAGCGAGACCGAGACCGAGACCGUGAUAGAAGAGGUACAAGGAGGGAAGAUCGCCCUCAAGGAAGAAAGAAAUGGGGAGAGGCCCUCGGCGCUGUUGGAAUUGGAGGUGCAGCAGUGAGUCUUUUGAGUGUUCUCGCUGAGGCUGCAUCAUGA